AUGUUAUUGCAUUUUCCUUCGUUUGUUUUUUUCUGGUUAGGAACUUUCAGUGUCAGGUAAAUUUGAUCGAUUGAUAACUCUUGUGUUCUCACUUCGUAAUUAUGACUAUUUUGUUAACUAUUUGCAAUGAUAUUGAGCUUGGAUGAUGAUGUAGGGCCAAAUAAUGCCCUUGAAAGUUUGAAAUUAUCAUAAUCCACGAGAUCGGCCAGGGAAACGAUCGUCUUGUAUUUUAUGUACAACAUGAUUGUCAGUUAACAUGCAGGUACCAAUAGAUUGCUUAAGUGAUCGCACAUAUUGGCGUUCAGAAAGAAGAUGAUUAUUCUUCCCUUGUCAGUAACGUGUAUCUACAAUUCUUUCUUGAAAGACUUAAAUGCCAUAGAGAAAACCAUCGGCUGAAUAUCGCUUACUUAGAAACACAAUUACGCCUCAAGUCAGGAUCGCAAACAGUUGAUUCAACAUGAGCUGAUAUUUAACGAAGUGAAAGACUGCAAAUCUUACUGGAAUUUACUCAAGAUAGUCGCUUAAAACCGCCUUUAUAACCUAUACUCGGCAUAAAAGAAAUCAGAUGGGCCACUCAAAAUUUCAUGUGACAAAAAGAAGCAGAUCGUUAAUGACUGUCUCUUUACUGGCGAAAACCCUGUGAAUAAUCUUCCUUUUCUCGACAAUCAGCUGUAGGAGAAUGGUUUCACACUCAUCGACAAUGUAAGCCCUGUAAGCCCAUGAAUUUAUCACACACUGAAAUCACUAAUAUCUUUACAAGGCUACGGGUCGCUAAAGCCUGACAAGACAAUGUCGCACCGAAACGUCUUCAGCUGACAGGUCGCGAAGCGUUACAUAUCAUUUUAAAAUGUCCCCAGGCUUCUACCGGUGUUCUUUAAGUGCUGCUAGUAAUUCAAUACCAGCCUCCUAGAGGGCUAUAACUUUUCCUCAUGGAAUCAGCUUUCUCAUGGACCAUCACGACCCAAAUGUCUUAUCAUAUUAUCAGCAACGAAUCCCAUCAAAAAGGGGCAGUCCAAUUAACUUUGGUGAAGACGGCAGGGGACUAAGAGUGCGCACUUGAUAUAGCAACCUGAUUGUCGGUGUCAUUUUUGCUGCAUCAUUUUGUAAGGUUACUGACUUUAUCAUUUACCAUAAUCAUUCAGUAUAGUCAAUUUAUGUCAUGUCUAUCACAUUCAGUCAAAAAUAAUCGAAUCAAAGAAAUGUCUUAUAGAGCUUCUAAUCUCUCCUUUUUUUGUGCGUGCGCGUAUUAUACACACAUACUGAAUUGUAUCAUACUUAGAUGGAGCCAGUUGAAAGCCCUAGACUUAUCCCAGUGCAAUGAUACUGAAGCCCUGGUGAAGCGUCUUAUGUUUGGUAAGUACUGUCUUCCAUUUUAUGUUUUAGUCUCAAAAAGCAGGUUCGGAAAUCAGGUGAACUCGUUAUUCGUAUUCGAUGUACAUGAAAAUCAUUGUUCCUGUAUUAAUAUCGUUUAGAACUUUUCAGUAUAAAAUCCUUAACAAUAUACUCUACACAAACACGAAAUUGUGUAAAAUUGGCUUUAGAGCUGAUGACUUAUGCACUCUCUGCGAAGCUGAGCGAGAAACGCUAUAUCACCUGCUUUAUCAAUGCACUUAUGCGAAACAGUUCUGGAAUGAUUUCGAAUUGUACUGAUUCCGCUUGUCAAAUCAGGUAGUUCACCUGACUUUGGAAAAUGUUUUAUUUGGAAUGCUUUCAACACAAUGCCCUUCACAUACACUACUCAAUUACUUUAUUAUUAUGGGAAAACUGUUUUUGUGGGACUGCAGAAAAAAACAAAUACACCCUAAAAUACAAGGUUAUCAGAACAAGAUAGCUAUCAAAUAUGAAAUUGAAAGAAAAAUAAAUAAGAAAAACUUCUUUGAAAAGAAAUGGAUAUUCAAAUGAAAAGGAAUGGUUAAUAAUUUAAAAAAUCUUAAGCCGAUUUGCCUUCUAUCCUGUUUUUCUCUUUUUUUUUACGUUAUGUUGCUUGGUUUAAUUAGUUUAAUUUGUUUAAUUUCUUAAGCUGAAAAUAGGGUAACUGCGUAAGAUUGUUAGAUAUAUCGAAUUGUUAUCAUUUUAAACCUAUUUUAUGAAUGUAAAAUUGUAACUGUGUAAAUGAAAGGUCAGAAUAAAAUUGUUAAAAAAAAAUAUAUACAUAUUGUUUAGAACUAGACUUUUUCUAAAGAACUUUUGUCGUAUACGUCACUUAAUUAGGUUUUUGGUCAAUUCUCCGAUGAGAGACUUAAGUCACACUAUAAGCAGCAGAUUUUAAAACCAUCAUCAUGGUGGGCACGAGUUUUGGCAGGCUGAUAUUUCAAAUGUUUGCCGCUCUUCGGAGAAAAUUUUGCACAGGUUCUUAACGCAGGUCACUAAUUCCUUGAAAGAGUUUCGAACAUUUAUUCAUUGAUACCUCAGCUAUAUUAUUUCUAUCCUGAUUAGAUAUACUUUUCGCUAUUCAGAAUUGUCGAGGACGAGAAGAGAAGCAUAUGAAGCAAAAGCUGAGCUUCAUCAGACAAAAGAAAUAUUGUACAAUAUCACAACGAAAAUGCACGCUCAGCAUCUCGGGGACACGUCUCAGAAGGGUGACGCAAGGAAAAAGUAAGCAUGGUGUCUUGUCCAUUCUUUGCGGGCUUUAAACACUAAACUAUCCUUUGAUUUCUGGUACCAUAUGUAACUGAAUAUAGUUAAAACUCUUACAUGUGGUGAAAUCUUUACAAAUGAGUAAGUAUGACGUUUAAAAACAACUUUACGAUAUGUGAGGUACAGUGAGGAGGCAGCAUCAUUAUGGAAGGGCUACUCGCUUGCAGUUUGGGUGGGUGUGUAAAGCGGGAAACUUGGUUUAGACAUAACUAUCCUCGCUUAUGAAAGAACAGUUUCACCUUUAACUGUACAGUUCUAGAAAAAAGGCUUUAUUUAGGAUAUGGAAAGAGGCUCCAUGUUCUUCAUAAUUAAAUUCUACGUAAAAUUUCAAAUGGAUGCGACUACAUUUCAAUUUAUUUCCCUUUUUAGUAAACGUACCCAAAUGGCUACCCCAAUCUAAAGCAGGAACCCCAUGAUUGCACCCCGCUGGAAAGCACAUUUCUGUUCGAGUAUAUUCGGGAUGUUCCUUUAAGGCAAACAAAGUGAAUCAAGAACUUUUAUGGUAUUUCAUCAUGUUUCAGAUUUAAUGGACACAAGCUUGUUCAUCUGGAUCUUGGUGGUGCACCUCCAAAUAUGACCUACCUACUGCAGGUAAUACAUCAAUACAUGACAACUCAUUGAUUCUAAAUUUAAAUCCCUUAAGUCUGCCUUCAUGUUAAAUUGUCAUUUAGCAAAAAUUGAAUCUACGUGUGUUUACCAUAAUGCAACAUGGAAAGUCUGUCGGUAUGCUAUUCAUGCACUCGUCGGUUUGAAUCAGAAAUCUUACUCGUUUGCUGCGCUCACUCGUUCUAUUUCCGAUACUACAACUCGUGCGUAAAUACCAGACGGAAACACUUUCCAUGAAGUAUUCAACAUGUUUUUAAGAUCUAAUUCAAAUUGUUUUCUUCAUCAGUUGCUACCACAUUUCGUUAAAUGGGGUGCCACAGGGCUCCUUAUCGAAUACUCUGAUACUUUCCCAUACAAUGGACAGCUCCAGGUGAUUCAAGGACCUAAUGCAUACAGGUGAAAUUGAUCAUCAAUUUGCAAAUAGCUCACCAGUACCAUAUAAUUUUAUUUCUGGGAUUCCUACAAAAAUAGCACGUGAGCUGGUAAAUGUUUAUGAUGAUCCAAGCCAAAGCAAAUGUUUUGCUUUAUUUGAGAUAUUUGAUCAGAGCGAUAAUUUCAUUGCUGGUUUCACAACAAACAUAUUUUCUUAUGCUUAUGUAGCCUAUAACUUUAACUCCUACUGAAUUAAAUCAAUAAUUUGAACGAUCGACUUUGGCAGGGUUUUCUCUCGUGAUUCAAUUGAUUUUCACAACGUGAUUCGAAUGAUUUCCACAAAGAACCGAUGCCAUGAAUUAACUGAACAGUUUUAAAUUUAGGGAAUUCACUGCUAUAUUCCUAAAUUCAUUGUUGCAUUAUAGCAAAGACGAUAUUACCAUACUGGUGAAAGAAGUAAUGCAACACAACCUUACAGUCAUACCGCUGGUGCAGACAUUCGGCCAUCUUGAGGUAUACUCGCCUGAAUGACCCUGAAAGGCCUUAGGAUAUAUUUGGGCAAGACGUUUUCUUUGGCGCGAUUUCAUUAUUGAGACUGACCAGACCAGUUUUUUAUAACUGAAUAAUCCAUAAAUCGCCAUGAUAAAGAAUAUAAUAUAAUGAAGCUAUUCGUCAAACAUUUCGACCAGUUCAGAAAAUUAAUUAAGUAAACUAGCCAGGUCUAUCUUAGCUUUUGAAAUGUGCCCCGUUUUCCAAUAAAGUCUUCGUAGUCUUAAAUACAAUAAUAAGUUCGCGACAAAAUUUCUCCCUAUUUCUCAGUAUUAUCAUUCUAUUUUUUCCAAUAGUUUGUUUUAAAGCAUGAUGAAUUCAAACAUCUUCGCGAGACUGCGAAAUACACCAACUCAGUUUGCCCCAAAAAUCCAGGUAGGUUUAUUUCUCUUGAGUGCUUAUCAAUGAUUAGAUUUCUGGUCUCUAUAUAAGAUUCAUUGAUACCGGCGACGCAACUUAGACUCUGUUCUGCUAAACCAUAGUUCUCGUCCUAAGCAAAUGAUCUUAAUGAACAACAAACAUUAAAAGAAAACAAAAGGAUGACGUAAAUAAAGCAAAACAUUGAAUGCAGAAAAAAAAAAAGAUAAAAUUUAAAGAAAAAAAACCAGCAAUUACUAACCCGGUUGCCAAAUAUGUGGCCAUGUUUCCAAAGCUCUUCUUUAGUGUCUUAUCAUUCCAUUAUUCAGAGUCUGCAGAUUUAGUCAGAGAAAUGAUAGACCAAGUGGCUGCACUACAUCCUGGAAUCAAGUGGUUUCAUGUUGGAGCUGAUGAAGUAAGCGACAAUUUUACUUUUAAAAAGAGGAUGAAAAAUUUUUACAGAGUAAAGUAUGGUCAGUUUAUCCAUUCAUAUCGACAUCAUAUGACAUCAGUGACACUAAUGAUAUUUCACAUGAUAAUUGAUUGAGCUCAGAGCAGAAGAUUGAGAAUGUUGUUCUUUCACAUAUAUAGGUUUGGAAUUUGAAAACUUGUCGCACUUGUGCAGACGACCAAAGAAACAAGAGCAUGAUAUUCUUGGAGCACAUGAUACCUGUUCUUCAGCAUGUGCGGAGUAAGGGAAUUACUCCAAUAAUGUGGGAUGAUAUGAUGAGAGAGUGGAGCAUCGAAUUUCUCAAAGGUAAAUUUAACCCUUUCGUGAUCGCUCCGGGCACUCACUGAAAUCAGUGAAUAAUGGGGCAGGGGGGCAUAUUAAGGGGGUGGAAGGGGGCGCUUCAUUUCUUUCGUCCGAUUUGAGGGUUAUUUCUCUCAUUGUUGUUUGUUUGAUUUUUUUUCUUUUUAGCGAUAUUACUUCUGCGCGUUAUCAACAACAUAGCCGUGAAUUAAUAUACAAUGGUGAUUAACGGCACAUUUGGCAAUUCGUUUUCCAUUUUUUCAAAACACUUUGAAUGAUUUGUAACAAGUACAUUAUAAGUGUGCAAGACCGCACGGGAGGGAUUAAACACGAAAGACAUUAUUUGUUGCAAGUCUCGGCACUCAUCCAUGAAAACAGAGUUGCGAGAGGGGAGAAAAGAGUAAGGGUUACUUUAUGGGUUUAUUGUUUCUCGGUUGCCAGUUGCCUUCUAACGUGUAAAAUCAGUUUGAUCAGGGUCAUUAAAACUCUACUGCUCAAAUACGAACCGCUAAUCAACCAUUUGUACUUUUCUUAAGCCAUCGGAAAAUUGGCAGAGCCUAUGAUUUGGUAUUAUAGGACUGACCUAAGAAGACAUUUUGCGAAGGGUAAGAAUUAAAUAUGUCGCUGUAAAUUUCAUAGCAACGAACGCUUAAAGGUAAGAGACUUACUUGUUAUAUCCUGCUUCUCAUGUUUCUAUCAUGCAGUCAAAGACAGUUGUAGCAAGAUAAUUAUUGCCAUGCCGAUAAAAAGUAUGACCUAAUUCAAAUUAUAGCAAAAUGUUUUUAAAGUGGUUCCAUUAUGGAAACUGCUUUUUAAAAAAAUAGCUCUUUCAAUCCCCUUUUCAUUCUCAUUCUUUUUACAACUACUAAAAUGUUUUCCUGUUCAGAUUGGCUCGUAACGUCUCAUUUUGAAAUUGUGAGGUAAUUGAGGUGUUGACCGAAGGAAGCUGGUAUGAUUUAGUUCUGUUUCAUGUAGUGUAUGGGAAAUAAGUUAUAAACGAUAGCGUUCUUGUAUCGGUAUCGUUCGAAUUUUCUCUUAGGUAUUAAUGUUAUUUUCAAUAUCUAACUAUCCACAGAGAUGUUUCAAAGGUACCUUGAAGCUUUCCCCAAGAUUUGGACUGCUAGUGCAUUUAAGGGUAUGAUGUUAUCACCAUUCAUAUGACCAAACAACACUCUUUAUUUGACAUUUCUAUUUACGACAGAAUAAAAUUUUUCAUUGAAAGUUUGCACCUGCUACAAUUUUUCCACAUACUUACAUAACAUCGCUAAAAAUAUCAAUGAAAACAAAUUUACUCGCCCGUGACUACUCUCCUCAAAUGUAAUGUUUCAGCUUAUUGUGCGCGGUCAACUCGAUACUUUAAAACAUAUUGACGCUUUACCUUUUUUGUACAGGUGCCACCGGACCGAAUUCUGACUUCGUGACCAUAUCUAAGCACGUUUCAAAUAAUCUCCAGUGGGUGGAGAUCAUGUCUAAGAUUUCCAAGAAAAGUGACGUGUUAGGUAUUGCGCUCACUGGCUGGAGUCGGUGAGUCCCGCGGUAGAUUUCAAUUACAAACUGACGAAAUCGCACAGUUUACAUUUUCUCCGCCGAUUAACUGUUAUGAAUAAUUGUUAUUAUCAUCUUUUAUCAUAUAAACUACGGUUUUAUACAAGGAUUUCCAGCCCUGAGAAAAGCCGUAACCACGCACGUGAAAAAAUACGAUCACUUUUCACGUGUGUUUGAUAUCGCCAAUCAGCUGCUGACGCGUCUAUCCUCAAUACAUGAUUGUUUGUCGGAAUUUUCUCGGAUUAUGGCUGCUACGCGUGAAAGUUACGUGGUUAUCUCGACAUCUCACCCCUGAGCAAUCGAGUUGAACACUCGCAAAGAAAUUCCAUAGCCACGCGUGCCAAUGUAUUAUUCUCUAUCUGUCAUUCUCAUUACAGUAAAACCUUUUUAUUCAGUGUUUUGAUGAUCUCUUUAUUAUUCGUGUGUGAAGUUAUGGCACCUUUAUAUCUUGAAGAUAUGACCACUACGGCACUUUGUGCGAGUUAUUACCAGCAGGGAUUCCGUCCCUCGCAUUAUGUUUGAAGGCCAUCGACGAAGGUUAGUUUUCCAGCAUCUACUGUUUGAAGACGAUACAAGAGAUUGCCUUUUUAGUAGAAGGUAUAUAUUAUAAUCAAUGUUGCAUUUCACGCAAAUAAAAUGGAUCAAAUGCAGAUCGUGCGAGAGUUCAUUAUAAUUCAUGAAUUAUAUUGUGGUGAGGCUAAUUCUUUAAAGAAGCCUCUCAAGAAAUAAAACGAUUCAACGUAAAGUGAUUCUCCUUUCAAAAGCCUUUGUCUCAAUAUAUAUUUUUUGUUUGUUUUUGCUUAUAGGUCAAAUGAACGAGGCCCUGCGUAAAGAGUUAUCUCAGGAACUUGGUUUCAGUGGGAGAAUCGAUGUGGAAGGAACUGAAUACUUUGAGUAAGAUGGGUUCAGUAGAAUAAUUUAAGUGUGAAUGUAGUAUUAAGGUGCCAUAUCUAUCACCUUCAUCUGAGCAAAAUGAUAUUAUAAACAUGCAUGCAAUUUGAGUAGUUAAUAGAAGGGUAUAUAAUUACUCAAUUAUAUUAUCAAGUCAUAGACAAUGGUCUUGUAACAUAAAGGUACGUUAGUUUCACUCCAAUUGCACUUUUCAGUGGAACAGAAAGGUACGGAGACUUCCCAGGCCAUGAGAUCUACGAACUCAGCUGUAAACUGAAGGACGCUAAUCAUGGACUGGCAUUAGUGCAUAGCACGUGAGCAAAACUAUUUUUCUGAUGUUAAAGUUUUUCAUUACUUCAGUCGAUAUGUAAUGCUCUCUUCUAGUACUUGAUGCAUUUAUUGCACGUGGAAGGAGUAGAUCAUCUUAAAGGUAGUUAGGAUCUAAUGGUCAAUCUCCUGGAUACUUGAUUCAUAACAUAAUUGUAAUGAGAGUUAAUCAAUCAUAAAAGCGAAGCUUCCCUUUUUGAGUAACUUUUUUCUGUAAAAAAAAAGAAAACUCUAUGUUAGCAUGUAGAGUUAUAUAUCGCACCAAUCAGAUUGCCGCAUUUGGAUAUGUGUCUCGCACCAAUCAGAUUGCUGCAUUAGGGUAUGUAUCUCGCAUCAAUCAUAUCACAGCAUUUGGAUGUCUUGCACUGAUCACGGCGUUUGGGUAUUGUUUUCUAGUAAAUGAUGUCAGAAAUUUUGUGCUCAUUUGAUAAGUGUUAUGGUUGUGGCCUUCGCGAGAGCCUCAUCGAUUAAGGUCGAGAUUAUCGGGAUAUGACGGGUUCACAUCAUUUGCAUCAUUUUUAAGUUAAAACUUGCUUUCUCCGCUCCUUUACUCACAACUUACACGCUACGCCCAUCACGUACCAUGAAAAAAACGUCCAAAGUCCGAUCAGAACAUACCCAUUCAUUGCACUACAUGAACAUUAGGCAAUUUUUCACGUGCUUGAAUUGUAUUCCACCAAUCAAAUUCUAUUUUUCCAACUUAGACUCCAUCACGUGUUAUUUCCUUGUAAACAAUCUGCAUUUCAUCGCGUAUUCUGACCGCAUUGUCCGACCACACCGAAAAAAAAUUCACAUGGAACUAAAAGCUACUGAUUGUGUUUUUUUUUUAAAGCAAUUCUCCCGCGUUUUAACUUUUUCUACGAAUAAAACCGGCUUUUAGCUAUCUUGGACUUAAUCCAAUCGCGUGUUAAUUCCUUUUAAACAACCUGCAUUUUAUCAUGUAUUUCACAUGGGGAGGGCAACGUCGAGAUAAGCAACAACCAAUCACGGAGCCCUCUUUGAAAUAUUAUCCUUUUCUCUUGUUCAGUGUAUCUUCACUUAUUCGAGAUCGUCUAUUGGAGAUACAACAGAGUUUCAGUUUGCUUUUCGUAGUACAAUUACGUGGAAUUAUAUUUUUCAGGCAACUAACUGUAGACGAAUGAUUUUGAUUUCUCCUUGUUAAAGGAUCGGCAGUGAGCGUAGUCUCUUUCGCAACUGUUAUUUGGUCUCAUCACGCAACGUACUCUCUCUCCAACGGGAAAUAGAUGGCAUUGUGUGACGAGACCAAACAAUUGCUGCGCAGGAGAUAACAAUAAGUGUGGUACCGAUGCAUUUCUUUUUUGCCUAGAAGUAUUUAAACAGUAGAGACAAUAGACCACAAAAUACCUCUGUAAGUUCUGAUAAAUUAGGUUUUUUCUUUCUCUUAAGGUGAAAUAAUGCGAUAUUUUCGUCCGUUUGCAAAUAAUGCUCUCUUUCUGUUACAAAAAUUAAACAUUAGGUACACAAAGUGCCCCAUGUUAACCCGCCGAGCCGAAAAAAAUAACUCUUGCAUGCAACGCAUGCCUAUGUAUUUCUUCCCCGCACGCCUGAUCAAUGAAAUUCUUCCCAAAUGGACUAGACUCAUAUUGUGGAUGUGAGACAUGUCGAGAACUGAGUGUGUGCUUCUGCACAAUCACUUUCUUUUUCUAGAACGGGACGACCAAGCAUAAUUCUUAGUUAGUAUUUUUUGGAUUUCCUGUUUCCAAAUGCAAGUUCUCAUGAAAUUUAAAUAGCUAAGUAACUCAUUGUUUAAAGAAGUGGUCGAUGUGUGACAAAUCUUUCUCUGAAUUCAAGAUACAAAUUUUUCGUACGUGCACCAGAACGUCUGCGGAUCUUAUCAAAGUCAAGUCAAAGUGAAGUUCUCCCAAAGAUUGCUUACUAUCAAAUUCUAUCUGCAAAAACAAUAAAAAAUGACCAAGAAAUACCCACGUUACUGUUGAAAGCCCAAAAACGUACACAUUUCAUGCGCGAACAAGACCAACGCAACGAAACAAGUCAAUUUUGGCCAUUGUUUACUUGAUGACAAGAAAACUUUUCGUUAUUUUAUUAUACACAAAAUCUUCCGGUAAACAAUACUGUUAAGACACGUGAACACUGAUAUUUAGAGAACUUAUCAAUUUUCGAAGUGUUACUACAAGCCAGUAACGUUGUUUUAAUUUUUCAGUCGUUAUUUGCCUUUUUUUAGAAUCGACGAUUCGUAGAGUCAAAAUACCCGGAAGAGAAAAAAAGAAAAUAUCAUUCUAGUUUUCCUUAGGUAUGGUGUUUUGCUGCGCGCAAGUUUUGCGUGUUCUGCGAUCCCCGCUAUUAGAUAAUCUGAUGUUGAUGCUAAGUUGCGGUCUUUUUUUCCAAUUGUACAGUUUUCACAAAUCAGGCUAUGUUGGCUCGUACUGUUUUUUACCCGACACCGUGUCAAACUCAUAUCUCAGCCGCUUCUGCAAUUCGUUGCGUGAUCAUGUGCUGUAUUGCCUAGCAGAGAUAAAGAAACGUGACAAUGAUCAUCAUUUAAUCUGUAUAGUGUGGGGAAUAACCCUUCAACCGUUGCAAGUCCUCUCUGAAAUGUUGGUUGUUUUUUUUUCUCUUCCUAGGGAAAAAGGUUGGAUGUUGGAAAGGCAACUUGAAGAAAAUUUUCUCAGUUAUUUCCGUUUGCAUUUUGCACGCUUAAAAAGCAUUCAGUAAGCGUUAUCUCUCUAUUUUCUAGACAACCACUUGAGGCAUUUCAGAAGGGUACCAGGGCAUUUUACUAAUUUUCGUUUAGUUCACAAAAGAAACAGUUGUUCACUCUUAAAUUUCAGACCAUGGCUGGUAAGGUUCCAACUAGAGUCCCUAGAUUAAACUUACGAAGCUGUUCUAACGAGGCGCAUGUGUGAUCUAAUGAAUUUCUUGACGACGGCUGCGCACUGAAUUAAUCUAAAAGCUGUCUGCGGCUUGCAACAGGGCUGAAAAUCUUACUUCUGACAAAAAAGAAAUUCAUGUCCUGAAAGAGACCGCAGUUAGUCUGUUUUAGUCAACAAGUUGAGACUCUUGAGACACCCUUGGGAUGAUACGCGUAUUUGUCUUCGAUCUCCGUCCAGGAAACAUUACUGUCUAUAUAGUAAAAAAUUAUAUUUCAAAUGCAAUUUUAGUUCUGGGCUAAAACAACGCCUGACUCACUAAGCAUGUAUAAUGGUUCCUCUAGCACUGACUAGCAGUACAGUGUGAUAUUUAUAAGUAGUGAAUCUAUUUUUCAGCUGGUUAUUUUACGGAAGGCUCUUCUAAUUUGUAGUGAAUAAGGAACCUCUUCAGAAAGGUAAAACUGACAUUAGAUGCGAAUGCGUUUGACUUUCAUUAUUUUUUCUCAAUUUCAGGUCUGUGAACGCAUACCGUCAAUUGAGGGACGAGGCAUCCAAUCUAUUGUCACAAAUAUAUAGUAAUAACACAGUCAGUGAGUGGCUCAAAGACAAAAUAGACGAUAAAAUAAGGGACGCUGAACUACAAAAAUAUAAAAUAGACGAUGUUGAAAGGAGUUUUGACUGGAGAUAACACAGAUUGUUCUUAGGUGCCUUUUCAUUUGAGUAUUUCCAGAAUAGUGAAUAAAUAUUUUGUUAUCAUUAGCCUUUUGCUUGGUAAAAAAAGGUUAGAAUACAUUAAACCAUGACUGAGGCAAAAAUUUUAACAACAGGAC